AUUACCAACUGAUAUCGAGUCACUUCUUUCCUUUUAUUCCCACAGCGCUAGUAUCGUUUAUAUUUUGUCUGCUGCUCCAUUUUUUUGUGGAUUUUAGAAAAAAAAAAAAAUAAUAGAAUAAAUUUCAAAUACAAAAAGAAUUAUUCAAAAAAAAAAAGAAAAUGACGGCACUAGCAAGAACAUUACGUCCUUGUUUGCAAUGUGUACGAUCACAAAUUCGUGCCUUUGCUGCCGAAGCAUCGGGCAAUGAAAUGAAAUUCACAUUUUCCGGAGCUAAUCAGGUAUUUUACGAUCAGGCAAAUGUUCGCCAAGUGGACGUUCCAUCUUUUUCAGGAUCAUUUGGUAUUUUGCCAAAACACGUUCCAACAUUGGCUGUUUUAAAACCCGGAGUUGUCACUGUUUUUGAGCAGAGUGGCGAGACAAAAAAAAUUUUCGUCUCCUCCGGAACAGUCACAAUUAACGAAGACUCCAGUGUUCAGGUACUCGCUGAGGAAGCACAUCCAGUUGAAAAUAUUGACAAUUCAGCGGCAAGAGAUAUUUUAAGUAAAGCACAACAACAAUUAUCGUCAGCGUCAUCUGAAAAGGACAAAGCGGAGGCAGCAAUUGCCGUCGAAGUUGCCGAGGCUCUUGUUUCUGCUUCCGCAUAAAUUCUAAUUCCAAUUUAAUCUAAAUAAAAAUCGCAUUCGAGUCACCGUUACUUUAGUUUGUCUACAUUAACAUAAAUGUUAAGACAAAAAAGCAUCCGAUCUUGUUAAUGUAAUGUUACACGAAAAAUAAAGACAAUAUAGAAAAUCUAUAAAAAAAAAAAAAAAAAAAUUUCCUCUCAAUCUCAAUAAAUACAAUAUUUAUUAUUCUA